UCAAGUAUUAGUGAGCAAAACGAAUGGAGAAUGGUGGUGGUAGAGGAGGUGAAGGCGCGAGGUAGGUAACCAACAGGCCAGCAGGCCCUAGCCCCGAGGAGUAUCGCUGAGUCGUGAGGCAGAACGAGCGUGCGAUAGGAAGCACAGAGUGGCCAGCAGGCGCGACGUGGUGGUGGUGUGGUGGUGGUGACGACUGGUGCCGUGGACGGUCGGCGGGUCGGACGACCGUGGUGUGUUUGAAGGAAUAAAUAAAAUCAUUUUGUUUUGUCUUUUAUAAUUUCAUAAACAAAAAAAAAAAUCCCCCCGCCCCCCAACCCCAGGUAAUCAGUGAUUUGUGUUUGUUUAUCGGUAACAAAAAUAGUUAUUCUGCAUCAGAAUAACUCGUAAUGAACGUUAAUUCAAUUCAUUCAAAUGAGCAGACCAAGAAAUUGAGGUAACAGGAGGGGGAGAAUUUGAUGCGGUGGAUUUUUCAGUGAGAAAAAGUAAUUGGGUAACUAGUGCCAGAUACACCCGGAAGGAAUCGUCCAAAGCGUUGCGGAUAUAUUUUUUUCACUUCACUCUAAAAGAGAGUGAAAAAAAAAAUUGAAGGAGCAAAAACGGGGGGGAAAAAAGUGAGACAGCACAUAAAGGAAAGUGAUAUAUAGAUCAAGUCGGGAACAACUGGGUGGUCGAAGUUUGGCCAGCAGUGAGGACAAGUGUGCCGGGAGCUCGGGGGAUAUUCCUCUGUGGCGGUGACGUGCAAGAGACGCGCGGACAGAGACAAGAAAUCAGCGGGGAUAAAUUGAAAAAUAAAAAAAAAAAACCACAGGGCACAUUAAUUCGCCAGUUUACCCCAGGAGUUUGAUAAAAUAUCAUCGUAAAUCAUGUCUGACAGAGAGAGCCUGGACGAUCAGCCGCAGAAGUAUGGAAAUCCCGGUGGAGACAGCGGAGGGGCUGAUUUUGAUGCUGGCCAACAUGGACAACAGAGUGAGCAGGAGUUGGCGACCAAAAUGCUGCAGAUACAGAGCAAGCGUUUCUACCUCGAUGUCAAACAGAAUAGACGCGGAAGGUUCAUCAAAGUCGCUGAGAUCGGAGCUGAUGGCAGACGUAGUCAAAUAUUCUUAGCCCUAAGUACAGCGUCAGAAUUUCGUGAUCAUCUCUCAACGUUUAGCGAUUUUUAUGCAUCGCUAGGUCCCCCCAAUCCGGAGAAUGUGCCAGACGAUGGAAAGCUCAAAUCCGAAAUGAUGGUGAAGGACAAUAGGCGAUACUACCUGGACCUCAAAGAAAAUUCCCGUGGUCGUUUCCUGCGGGUGAGUCACCCUGUGUCACAGACGAUAACACGAGGCGGACCUAGAACACAGAUAGCAAUACCUGCACAGGGAAUGAUUGAGUUUAGAGAUGCACUCACGGAUCUACUCGAGGAAUUUGGCAUCGACGACGGGGGAUUCAAGGGUGAUUUACCAGAGGGACGUUACAUGCGCGUUGACAACAAAAACUUCUACUUUGAUAUUGGACAGAAUAAUCGCGGUAUCUACAUGAGAAUUUCAGAGGUCAAGACAAACUUCAGAACGGCCAUAACGGUGCCCGAGAAAUCCUGGUCUCGGUUUCGUGAUAUAUUCGCAGACUACUGUGAAAAAAUGAAGGAGGGUGGUGGUGGUGUCAGUAUGGGUGGUAUGGGCCCCGGUAACGUAAUGUCCGAUGUCAAAGGAUCAGGUAGUGGUCAGCAGGCCUCAUCGCCAUCAUCCACCUCACAGCAGCCUAAUCCGAAUCCAAAUUUAGAUUCCAAUUUGAUCAAGUGAAAAAGGCUUUAACUUAACCAACAAAUGAGAAAAGAAAACGAAGAAAAACAAAAACAUGAAAGAAACAAUUUAAAAUGAUAAAAUUAUUUUAAACAAAAUCCAUUGGAAACUGAUACCGGUAGGAUAUAGAGUGAUGAAGAAAAAGAAAGAAACUCGUAAUCACGUCGUUCAUCGUUAAUAUUUUCUUCGCUGUCGUCCUAUUUUAUCAUUGCCAUCGCCAUUCAAUCAUCAUCAUUGUAUUAACCUAAUCUUCUUUACUUAACGAAGAUGAAAGUAAUUCACACAUUAUUUCUUUUUCCCAUAAAUCUCCAACGACUUUUCCAUGUCAAAGAAUAAAUUUAAACAAAUUUAAUCGAAUUAGAAAUGUUGAUCGUAUGAAUUUAAUCGAGCGUUACGUUGAAACAAUUUGAAUUUGAUCGUUAAGAUUUUAUGAAUAACGAAAAAAAAUAAUAUGAAUUGUUAUAAUUGUUAUUCGACAUGGUGUAAAAACCUAAUUUUUCAUUUCCUUUAUACUUUUGGUGAGAAGCAUGAGUAGCGGCAGCUUUAUGAGAAUAAUUAUCAAAGGGACUUCUACCUCGACUCUCAGCAGAUGAAUGAACAUUCAGUCCCUCGGACAUUAGCAUCAUCAUUAUAAACAAUUAAUAUUAUAUUGAAAAAUAAAGCCGAAUGAUGAUGUAAUGUGCUCGUUAUAUGACGUUAAUUACCCUGAGUUUAUUCAAAAAAUGGCAAAUGAACGGAAGAAACGUACAACGUGAAGAAAAUUCGUGGGACGAGUUUAUUUCUAUAUAAAAUCAACCGUGAGAAAUUUUUAAAAAAUGAAUACGCUUUCAUUCUGCAAUGCUGUGCUAAUAUCAACAAUUUCAAUAAUGAAAUAAAAAUAAUAUGUAAUUGCGUUCCCAUUCUAUUCAACAAACAUCAACAACAAGAAAUUAAAAAAAAACAAUAUAAGGGUGGAACGACGAUUAAAUGUUUAAAUAGUAUUUCGCGCUGGUGCGGAAUCCUUAAUCAUUAAUUAUUGAUUAAAAGUAGUUGAGGUGGAUUGUAUAUGCAUUACAGAUGGAAUAAAAAAAGUGCUAUUUAAUUCGGAGCAUGGUUGACACAGCCCGUGCGUUAUUAAAGAUAAAAGAGCAGAUGAAAAAAAAAAAUAAUAGAAAAGAAAAACUAAUUAAAAAUAAUAAUACAAAGGGAGAUGAUUAAAAGGAAAAAAAGAAGAAAAUUUAUUUAUAUUUUAGCUGUUUGAAUUAUUAUCUAUUCCAAUUAGAUAUUUCAAUUUUUUGCAUUCUCUUAUUAUACAUUUAAUUCCCCCCUUUUUCUUUCCAAAAAAAAAGAAUCAAUCAAUUUCGGCUGGUCUGAAUUUAUCUAGUAUAGGAGAAUAUUAAAACAAAUUCGAUAAUAUUAAAUCAUUCACAAUAGGGACAGCAUUAUCUCUGUUAAGAGAUAAUGACUAAGAGAGCGAAAGAGAGAUUAAAUAUACGCAUGUGUUUUGGCUUUGAUCAAGAGCCAUCAGGAUAUUCAAUCAAUUGCCUGCCAAUUCAUUCGUUUUCAUUAUUUCCCAUUCAAAUAAAUCAAUUUAAUCCUGCCCACAAUUUCAAUAAAAAAAACGAAGAAAAAGAAAAGUGUUUCAAAGAAUCUCUUGAUCUGUUACUUCCAGUCACACAAAUGUCCAAGCUUCGUGUGUGUAAUAUUCCCUAUAACCCACGAAUUUCACAAAUUAUUCCCCCCCCCCUCCCCCCUCCCCUCCACAUUUACGUAAAGAGAAGAAAAAUAAUCCAAGCCAAGAGACGGUAAAAGAUGUGCAUAAUAGAUAAAGAAAAUACUAGAUAAAGUGAUGAAUGAAAUAAAAAGAAAAAAAAGUGCAGGCAUAGAGAUAUUUAAAAAUGUUCACUGGCGCAGAUGGUAUGACACAUUGUGAUCUAUAUAAAAUUAAACAAAGCAUCAACAAGUAGUAAAUAUUUAAGGUAUAUAUAUAUUAUAUAUAUAUAUGUUACGAAUAAAACUUUAAUGAAGGAAAAAUAAAAAAUGGAGAUAUAUAAAACACGAAGGAGAGUAAAAAAAAAUAAAUCGAAAUACACGAUACACAUUACACAUUUGCGGUCUAGGGAUCUCGCUGAUUGUACACUUAUUAAACACUAAAUAAUUACACUGGGGUGAUGGAUGGAGUAGGAUAUAUGAAAUUACACAUAAAGAAUAAAGAGGGAAAACAACUAUUCGAGAGUACGAUUGUAACGUACACAGAACACAAAGAGAAGAAAAUGAAAAAGACAAAACAAUUAAAAUAAAUAAAAAAAUGUGAAAACAAGUGGACGACUACAAACGUACCUUUAUCGCGGAUAUGACAAAGAGUAAUAAAAUACGUCUCAACUUCGACGAUUAAAGAAAACUAUAAAGAUGAAGAAAAAUUUAAAAAUAAAACGAUACACGACGCUCCUGCCACGCAGCGAGUUCUUAGACAGCUUUAAGAUUACUAUUGAUAAAUUAUAAAUAAUAAUUAUUGAAUAAUAACGAUGAACUUUCUAUAUGUUGAAUCGUGUCUAGUGAGAGAAAUGAAUUAAAUGAUUAAAAGAAGAUUUAAAGUAAUUAUUCAAUGGUAAAAUGACGACGAUAAAGAUGAUUGCCACAAUUUAAUUAAUUAAACAGUGAAAUCAGUUUGUAAUAUUCAAUGAUUAAGAUAUAUUUUCCAAAGUUCCCUCUUUUAUUCCGUUUCAUUCUGUUUAGUUUUGUUAUUUCCGUGAUAAUAGAUGGAAAAAUUCAUUGACAAACGUCAAAAGCAAAUAAAAAAAACCUAAAAACCCAUAAAAAUAAUGAAAAAUGCUGGAUGUUUCGUUGGCUGUUUUACAUAAUGUUGCACGGUUGAUGAUUCAUUCACCACCGUUUAGCCAAUUUAAAUGUUAAAGUGAUGAAAAGUAAAAAAAAAAGUAUAAAAAAAUUUAAUAAUUAACAAAAAAAAGAUUAAAAAUGUAGCCGAAUAAUUGCGAUGGCUGUUUUCACGCGUGGGGUUACAAUUAAUUAAUCAGUAAUUCAACAAUCGUUUGUCACGACAGUUAAUGAGCAAUUACUGCUACUAUCGCCACCGAUAUUCGGUCAAGUGAACUCAGACUCAUCAAUAAAAUAAACCAUGGAGUGAAGAUGAAAAUGUUUUCUGUCGUCUUUGCAUUCAACAAAUUUGAGUAAUAAUGCAACACGUGCUUCCCCACGCGCGUUAAUUAUAGAGAAUGAUGAAAAAUUGUAAAGGUGACUAUUGUCGAUUGACUUUUGUUUGCCCGAUGAACAAUUCGCUGCCGAACAUAACGAAUUCUGCGAUCUAUUAUAAUCUCAAAGGAGCAUUAUAUCACAUUAAUUAAUCUGAUUUAUUAUAAAUAUCAUACUGUGGUUUAAUAGUAUAAUUUGAUGCCAGCUUUUCUCAAAUUUUUUUUGUUUCUCUUAUUAAUUCAUCUAGUCCCGAGCGUUUCAUCUUGAUUUUCUUUCCUUUCAUGCGCUUUCACCCUAGUUUUCAAUUAUUCUCUUGCAUUUUUUUCAACGUAUUCGUUCUGUUCUGCUUCUGACGUACCGUGUUACAGUCAAUAAUUACAUAAAGAAAAAUUAAAUUAAGAAACACGAGAGACCACGAACGAUAUUAAAAACAAUUAAAUGUAGAAUAAAUUUUUGGGAGAAAAGUUUAUAGGCAAUUAAACUCGUGUGAGUGGAUGUAAUGAAAAUUACAUGAAUACACACAUUAUGUUUUUACAUUUGAUUCCUAACAAAUAAUUGAAGAGAACAUUUAUGUAUUUGCGUGACAGAAAACAGUUCAUCAUUAGAAUAGGAUUAAAAUAUUUUGUUUUCCCUGGUUGAUGUAAGAAAUUAUAAACAAAAAGGUAACAGAGAAUUUUUCUUUUAUAAUAAUUAUUCGUGUGUAUAUUUCUACCCUCCCACAACUAUCAUCUCAAAGCUAAGAGAAAGGUGAUGAAUUAUCGAGUUGAACUAUUCAAAUAAUUAAUUAAAAACUUCGAAUUAUUUUUUCGUUAAUUAUGUAUUUGGGGGGACAGGUGUAGAGAUGUAAUUGGGGAAAAUUUUUUUUAUAAAUAAUUGGAUAAUAAAACGAUGGGAUAAUCCCAUUGAAUGUGCAUGGAUUCUGAGCGUAGAAAAGAAUAGCACAUCACUGCCAUGUUCUUAAAUUUCAAGUGAAAAAUUUAAUGAUUAAAUAAAAAUCGUCCCCCUCCCCAGUCUCUUGAAUUUUCCAAUUAAUUUCGUACAAAUAAAAAACUCGCUGCAUUAAGAAAAAAAAUUAGUGAAUAAAUUCAAGUGCAAGAGCGUCGUGAGGAGAAAGCAAUGAAGACGUAUGAAAUAUAUAUAUAUGUAAAAAAAAAUAAUGAAAAGAUAAUUCGUAGCACGGUAGUAUGAGUGUUCAAACGAAGAAUUAAUUGACGAUUAAUUAAUGAAGAAUAAAAGAAUCACGUUUCCGUUUCCUCUGACAGCACACGGUUGAAGACAGAUUUAAAAGAAUAAUGAAAUAAUGAUGGUGAUGGUAGCUACAGGCCUGAACUGUUUGUUAAAUAAACAAAAAACGCGAGAAAUUUCAUUUUAAUGGAGAAAUAUUUAGUGUAAAUGUACGUAUGUAAUUAAUUCCCAAUUGCACACGACGUACAUGAAAGCGUUGAUUCAGAACAAGAAUGAGACAAAAUUUAUGAUUAAUUAAUUACUAUUAAUGAAAAAAAUUUAAAGAUGUACUUUACUGAAGAAUUGGGUGGAAAAUAAAAUGCAGAUCAAUGGUUUUAGAUAACUCGAGUCUAUUCACAUUUUUUUUUCAUUGAAAAAUAAAUUAUUUCAAUUACAUCUGUACAAUUUAUUAAAUAAAAUCUCUCACGUAAUUCGACAAUUCCUCAAGCCAAUUUGGAUAGUGUAACAUUAGAAUUAAAACUUGCUCUGUAUUUUUUAAGUACAUGUCACUGAGUGACUUGAGAAUAUAUUUCUUUGAACUUUCAGUGUGAUAUUUACUGUCGAUCCUCAGUAAUGCCACGUAUGAUUGCAAAUGUGUUGGAUAGAGGUCGAGAGUCAUAUUUUUACUAUUACGAUGAGACAGUACGUUUCUUAAUACAAAUUGAAUGUAAUCAAUCACCAAUAAAGGAAGAUCACAGUGUA